CGCUUUCAGUUCGCCAGCGAACGCAGAACGCGCCAGACCAAAAAGUUCAGAUUCGAGAGCGGAUAUCCCGGCGAGCGUUCAGCGGAAAUAUAUUUGUUUGUUAUUCGAGUCCAGCAACGAAUAUUUUAAUAAACAAAAAACGAACUUUAUUUGUGUGCGGAGAGAGAAGUCAAGAGAUCCAACAAAAUGGGCUGCGCCACGACCAGCGUAAAGAUCAGCUCCAUCGUUCUGAAUGCCGUUUUAGGGUUUCUUGCUGCUGGGGCCAUCGGCUGGAUAGCUUACAAUGCGGACACGGAGACGGAGGGAUUCGUAAUAGCAGCUUACAUCGCGUGCUCGCUCAUCCUGGUCCUCGCUCUGCUGGGCAUCUUCGCGGCCAUCCGGGAAUCGGUGGUGCUGACAGCAACGAGUGCCGUCUUCCUGCUGAUCCUGGCCAUCCUGCAGAUCGUGAGCACCUGCCUGUUCCUCCACGAGUUCGACGUGAAGAGCGGCCGGGACAUGGUGGAGGUGGCCUGGCAGGCGAACAACAUGGAUGCGUUGCAGCAGAAGCACGAGUGCUGCGGCCAGAGCAGCGCCCAGGACUACAUCCACCUCAGCCUGCUGAUCCCGCCCAGCUGCUACGCGGAUCUGCAGCAGACCCCCGACCAUCUCUAUCUGGACGGGUGCAUCGAAAAGGUGCAGAGCUUCUAUGAAAGCGACAAGCUGCGCUUCAUCAUAGUGUCCUGGGUGCUAGUGGCCUUCGAGUUAAUCUGCUUCGCCUUGGCCGUCUUUCUGGCCAUAAGUUUUAGGAACAAGCAGCGGCGGAUGGAGUUCUAGGCCUUCGGCAAUCUCGAGCUAUCCAACAGUACAAACUCGGAAUCGCUGAUAUUUUUCGCUUCAACAUUUCAUAACCAAAUGCAAAGGACAGUCAUAAAUUAUUCACUCCUACCUUAAAGUAACCUGUAAUUAAAGUACAUAUUUAUAGUUCAAUUACCCAUUAUAAGUAUCAUAAUAAAUGUGCGCGUGUUUGUUUUCACAUGA